AUGGCUCCUCCAAUUUCUAUUGUCAAGGGAUUCAAAAACACAUCGGUCACGAAAUACCUCUUGUUGAUCAACAUCAUAUUUCCCAUCCUUAUCUCAAUUACAAACUACAAGUACUUUUUCAUUAUAAGAUUUAAUCCUUUUUUGAAAAUAUACAAGCAAUAUCUACAAAAAUUGAUUUUCCAUCAGUUUUUCUUUUUAAACGAGUCCCAGGUAUUGGUCUCUUCAAUUCUAUUUUACAAUUUCAAAAAUCUAGAAAAAUUCCUAUCAAGUUAUACCUACUUGAAAUUGAUCCUAUUGGUUUUAAUCUACAACUUUUUCACUGCCACUAAUAAUAAUUAUCUCCAUGUUGUAUUGAACUUUCUCAAUUGCUUAAUCAACGACCUAGCCUCAGGCCCCUUCAGUGUCCUCUUUGGCUUGCUAUAUCUCUACAAUGAAUUGAUCCCCACCAUCUACAAGUUCGAGAUCCAGCUCUCGACCAAAAACAAGAGCACCAAGGAGUCUCCCAACACCACCACCAAUCCCACCAGUAAUGGAUUUACUGACGACAACGACAGGUACAAGUUCGUGCUCAAUGACAAGAUCUUUGUUUAUGUGCUAGCGAUCCAGUUGGCGCUCUCAGAGGGCUUCAAAAGCUUGAAACCGAGUUUCAUGGGCUGGCUCCUCUGCUCCCUCGUUUUCAACGACAUUUUCCCAGGUAAAAACUGCUCCUUCUCCCUCCUCCACCGCCUCUUCCAGAAAGGUCCCAAAAAGUGCUUGCCCCCUGCCACCAGCCCCGCCGCCACAAACGACUCCUCCACAGACCUCGACCCCAACGACGAGCCGGUCAGACCCCUCGGCACGCAGUUUCUCGACGCUUUCCGACGCUGA